AGCCGAGCGCCCUGGAGGCCGCGCCGGGACCGAGCCGGGGUCCGGGCGCCGCCACUAUGGACAUCCCGCCGCUGGCCGGCAAGAUCGCGGCUCUGUCGCUCGGCGCCCUCCCCUUGUCCUAUGCGCUCAACCACGUCUCGGCGCUCUCGCACCCCCUGGGGCUGGCAUUGAUGAGUACCCUGAUCCUGGGCCUGCUUUUUGUGGCUAUCUACAGUUUGUCCCCCGGCGAGAUCUACUAUGACCCACUCUAUGCUGUGUUCGCUGUCUUCGCCUUCACCUCGGUGGUGGACCUCUUUAUUGCUCUCCAGGAAGAUGGCUACGCGGUGGGCUUCAUGGAGUUCUUUACCAAGGAGGGAGAGCCGUAUUUGCGCACUGCACAUGGAGUCUUCAUCUGCUACUGGGACGGCACGGUUCACUACGUCCUCUACCUGGCCAUGGCUGGUGCCAUCCACAGAAGGAAGAGAUACCGGAACCUUGGACUGUACUGGCUGGGAUCCUUCAUUAUGAGCAUCCUGGUGUUCCUCCCAGGAAACCUCCUUGGUAAAUACAGCUCAGAGAUCAGACCCGCCUUCUUCCUUGCCAUCCCCUAUGUGCUAGUCCCAUGCUGGGCUGGUAUGAGGGUCUUCAACCAGUCCCGGGCACCAACCUGCUGUACCCCCAAUGUGGUACAGGAGGAACAAAGAAAGGGCAUCCUGCGACGCCCGGUUGACCUGGCCCUUGUCAUAUACCUCACCCUCGCUGGGUUCUUCACCCUCUUCCGGGGCCUGGUGGUGCUUGACUGCCCCACAGAUGCCUGCUUUGUCUACAUCUAUCAGUACGAGCCAUACCUACAGGACCCCGUGGCCUAUCCGAAGGUGCAGAUGCUAGUGUACAUGUUCUACGUGCUGCCCUUCUUUGGCCUGGCUGCUUAUGCCCUCAUCUUCCCUGGCUGCUCUUGGCUGCCUGACUGGGCCUUGGUGUUUGCUGGAGCUGUUGGCCAGGCACAGUUCUCGCACAUGGGUGCCUCCAUGCAUGUGCGCACGCCCUUCACCUACCGUGUGCCUGAUGACGCCUGGGCCUGCUUCUUCGGGUUCAACCUGCUGUAUGCGCUGGGUCCCCACCUGCUGGCCUUCCGCUGCCUGUGGCAGCCCGCCUUCUUCCUGCGCCCGCCCCCUGGUCCCCUGGACCACCACAAGAAGAAUCACUGAGAGUGCUGGGGACUCCCCAGGACUCUGU